AAUUCACUACUUUUGCAAAUAAUAUUUCCGUGCAGCAUAGCUAAGAUGUACAAAGUCAACCGCUCCAUAUUAUUCGUAAUAAUUGUCAUAGUUACUGUUAUGGGCCUCUCCUGGUCUCUGCCAGUCCCUGAUGAAGAACGUUACUUUGAUAAAGAGUUAAAUCGUGAUUUAAUGAAUUGGCUAGCGUCGGCUAGUGGCCAAUACGGUCAACCCUUUAAUAAUCCAUGCAAAUACUAUCACGGUAACGGCAUGGCACCCGCAAUGCCUAAACGUAACUCGGAACUAAUUAAUUCUCUUCUCAGCCUACCCAAGAAUAUGAAUGACGCCGGAAAAUAACUUUACAUAAUCUAAUGAUUCUAUUAUUACAAUUUUCUAUUCUAUUAUUACAAUUAUUACAAUAAUUUAUUAAUUAUUUUAUUUGAAAAAU